UGUAGAUCCCCUCACAGGACAUGCAGUCAGGACUAUGGCACAUCUGGAAACAUAUUCAGCAUGAGUGAUGUUCUGCACUCUUUAUAUUUAGUCUAUUAGUCGUGAUCAUCAUUGUGUUCUUGUGAUGCUAGAUUUGUUUUCCCGGUGGAUAUUGCGAUGAAUGACUGCAGUGGCUGUAAUGGUUGCUAAAACACUGUUGCAGGAAGUCCUCCACUCGCUGUGAAAUAUCCAGACUAGACUGAUAGUGUUCAUGGGACACAUUUCACUGGCAAAACUUUUAAAAUUGCAAUGAAACAGCUGGGUAUAAAGCACAAACUCGCAUUGCUCAAAGUAGGAGGCAGCUGAGACACAAAAUGAAUGUCUGAAGACUUUACAGAGAGCUCUUGUUGAGAAACAUGGAGCAGGAUGGACCCCCCAUUUAAUCAGUGUUUCACCAGAAGUACUGGAUCACAAAAUAGUGCCAGAUUUUUUUCUUGUUGAGGCUUUUUAUCAUUUCAUUUGUAAAGGUUACUGCUGAACUUUCAAAAAAAUAAAAAAAAAAAAUUAAAAAAGUACCAGGACUGUAACCACCAUAGACAAUGAUACCAUCGUAGAGGAUGCACUUCCCCCAGAUUACUGGUCGGCAAAUAUGGUUAAAAAAAAAACAAUUACUGCAUUUUCUCUUCUGUAACAUGCCUGUCGGGGAUCAAGACAAACCCUGGGCUCCUCAUUUCACCUACAAGCACUGCAAAAAACUCUAGAAGAUAAGAUGGACAAUUAUUGCUCGGAAUGUUAUGUUACAACAUUUUUUAAUUUUUAAAAUUGUAAAAAAAAAAAUAAAAAGUUUUAAUGUUUUACAAUUUUCAAUGUUAUUGAAAAAAUAUAUCAUAUAUGAAAAAUGUUUUUUGUAGGAUGGUACAGAGGGGAAAAGAGAGCCAUGAAGUUCGCUGUCCCAAGAAUUUGGCGGGAACCCACUGACCACUCAAGCAACUGCUACUUCUGCAUGGUGGACCCUUCCAAAUGUCGGACUGGCAAGAAUGCACCUGCUAUCACGUAUCUGGACCUUCCUUCAUCCAUCGCCCCGGUGCCACACUGCUAUGAGCUCCCCGUACCCACUCCUCCGGAGAGAGAACAGCCGUCUUUAGAAGAGAGCAGCAAGUCAGAGAGCGAGGAAGAUGUUGCAGAUCAAGAUGACAAUUUCAGAGGUGGAGCUGAGGAGAGAAACCCAUACUACCCCAACCAAAAAGACCUCAACAACUUGAUUAGAGAUCUUGGUCUCACCAAGUCCAAUGCUGAGCUUUUGACGUCUAGGCUCAAGCAGUGGAACUUGUUGGAUGAAAGUGUGCAAGUCACAGAUCAGAGGAAGCGUCACCAACCUUUUUCCAGCUUCUUCACCUGUCAAGAUGGGCUCUGCUUCUGCCAUAAUGUGACCAGUCUAUUCGAGGCAAUCGGAAUUGCCUGUAACCAGAAUGAGUGGCGCCUCUUCAUAGACAGCUCAUCCAGGAGCCUCAAAGCCGUGCUGCUUCAUAAUGGUGAAGUUCUGGCUCCAUCUCCUGGCGGCUCUAUGAAUCGCAUGCGAUUGUGACGCCCUCUACCGGCAGUGCUUUGAAUCGCUCGAUGUUCCGGCGCCCUCUGCUGGCAGCUCCGUUGAACAGUCGAAGCUGAACCCUUUGCUUCCUGCAGUGCGUCUGCUAUCAGUGGAAGAUGGCGACCAGAGUCCUUCAGAGCGGUUGCUCCGGCCUUUAUCAGGCUACAAACACCGCCCGGACGAAAGGACAUACUGCUGUUAUCAGGGCUCUGUCAGCAUCUAGUAAUCGAACUCGAGAAGACAGCUGGUUUAAAUCUCUAUUUGUUCGAAAGGUGGACCCUAGAAAGGACGCUCACUCCCAUCUGUUAGCCAAGAAAGAGGAUAACAACUUAUAUAAAAUACAAUUUCACAAUGUGAAACCUGAAUGUCUCGAGGCGUACAACAAACUCUGUGAUGAGGUGUUGCCAUCCAUCCAUAAUGAUAAGCAUUACCCGUGUGAGCUGGUGGGCACAUGGAAUACCUGGUAUGGAGAACAAGACCAGGCUGUGCACUUGUGGCGGUACAGAGGAGGAUAUCCAGCUCUCACUGAAGUCAUGGGUAAACUGAGGAAAAACCAGGAAUUCAUGGAUUACAGAAAAGAGAGAGGAAAGAUGCUCCUCUCCCGCAGAAAUCAGCUGCUGCUGGAGUUCAGUUUCUGGAAUGAACCGGUUCCCAGAGACGGACCCAACAUAUAUGAGCUGCGCUCCUACCAGCUCAGACCUGGGACCAUGAUUGAAUGGGGCAAUUAUUGGGCUCGAGCGAUUGGCUACCGGCAGCACAACCGUGAGGCUGUUGGCGGGUUCUUCUCUCAGAUUGGAAGCCUCUAUAUGGUGCAUCACCUCUGGGCAUACAAAGACCUGCAGUCCAGAGAGCAUACGAGAAAUGCUGCGUGGCAACAGGAGGGCUGGGAUGAAGCCGUCUAUUAUACUGUUCCCCUCAUUCAGCACAUGGAGUCCAGAAUAAUGAUCCCGUUGAAGGCGUCACCACUGCAGUAAUGAAGCCGACGACAUCGUCACCGUUAAAGCUAGGGACCGGACCACGACAUCGGACACUGCCGUGAUCGGUUUCAUUUUCAUGAUGCCAACCAAAUUAAUUUACAGAAUGUUCGUUCUGAUCUUAAAAUUACCCAAAAUUUGAACCAGCAAACUAAACUUAAUUUGUGGCUAUAACUGUUUUGUGUUGUGAUAUUUGUUUAUUAAUGAUUUUUGUCUCUUCUGUAUGCUUAUCUAAAGUAAGAUUUUAUAUAGUCACUAUGGCAAGCCAAAUUGACCUUUAAUCAUGUGCAGGAUAUAUGACUUAUUUCACUCUUGUUCAAAACAGAAUUAUAGAUAUCUAUAUUUUCUUACUAGUUGAAAUGACAAAUAUACAUAUCAGCAAUGUACUAGUAAAAUAUAUUUAAAAAAAAUUAUCAAUAGUUACAUUAAGUGCAAAUGUCCAUUCCUAUAAUCAAUCAAUAAUGAAAUUACAACUAGUAAAAGUCUAAUAUCAGUAAUAUGGUUUUCACAAGUGGCAAUCUUAAUUUCAGAUUCCUGUAUUGUGAUUGCAACCAGUAAGAAUGCCUUUUAAUAUCCAUAAUUACUCUUCAAAAUCCAUUUCCAGAUGUCUGAUAUACAGAUGUUAAACUGAAAAUAGCAUUUUUGAUAUGAAGAAUUGGUAUUUCCAUCAGUAAUGAGUUACUUUUGAUAUUUAACUUUUAACUAGUGAAAACCUAAUUACUAAUAUCAAAAAAUUAGCUUUCUGAUAUUAGUCAGUAAUACCAUUACUGAUUUGAAGUAUUAGCAUUUUAACUAGUGAAAAUUGAAUUGUAGUUUUCUAUAAUUCAUAACCUGCACGAGAUUAAAUGUCAAAAGGGCUUGCCAUAUAGUCACAGCCUAUUGGUAAGGUUUGAAAAACAAGCAAGUUUUAGUUGAAAGAUCUGAAGGAUAUAAAAGUAUUAAAAUAUAUCUAAUUGCCAUAAUAUAAGAGUGCAACGUGUUAUUUUUGCAUCCUACAGUUCAGUAGACUAUUCCUCUUGGAUUUAACCUUUCAAAUUUGCAAAAUACGGCUUGGCUUUGUUGAAUAUUGUCAGAAAGCAAACGCACACUACUGAGAAAGCACUUUGAAUGUGCUUGACGUUCACAGAGGCUAAUUUAUUCAUAUAUAUUUAUUGCAUAUUUAUUUGCUGUAAAAAUAAAUUGAGAGGAGAGAAUUUCAGGUUUUAAAAACCAAUUAUGACAGCCAAAUCUAUGCUACAUACUUAAUGUACAUUAAAAGAUUCACCAUACAAAUGUACCAUGUUUGUUAAGAAAAAUAUCCAAAAGAUGCAUUCAACCUCAGUAUUUGUUUUGUAUUUCUAAUGCAUCACUUUCUAAGUAGAAAAUGUCUGCUUUUGAAAUGCCAUUUGAUUUAUUUUUUUGUCUUGUGUAUUGUUUCAGGUUUAUCCUGAUUUGAUCAGACUUGUAUCUUACUAACUGAUUUUGAUUGUUUUCUCUGUGAUUGUGACAUGUCCCAUUUACUGUCCACUUCUGCCUUGCAGAAGUAACUGACUAAAGGGCAUUUGACAGCACAAUAUCUUUAAAACAAAAUAAAAAAAAAAACUAACUAUUCAAUAAA